AUCGAAUCUCUAAUUAUGGCGAAUAUGUGUAAAGUGAAAUUGUUGCAAAGGAAAUAACAAUAAUACAAAUCUAUAAAUAAGCCGUAUAUUCAAUUUAAGUUAUUUGGCCAAAAGAAGUGAACAAAUGACCACUGCUGCCUCCACAUCGCAAAAUGCGUCAUCGACGUUGAUGGCUGCUGCCGGAGCUGGCGGCGCAAGCUCCACGACGACAGCAACGCUGUCAACGACGCCCAGUAGCUCAGCGGUACGUGCCCUGGCCAUGGAAUACAAGUCCCUGCAGGAGGAACCAGUAGAGGGAUUUCGCGUCAAGCUCAUUAAUGAUGAUAAUCUGUUUGAAUGGGAGGUGGCUAUCUUUGGCCCACCAGACACGCUAUAUCAAGGUGGCUAUUUCAAGGCGCACAUGAAAUUCCCACACGAUUAUCCGUACUCGCCGCCAACCAUACGCUUCCUCACCAAGGUGUGGCAUCCGAAUGUCUACGAGAAUGGCGACCUUUGUAUAUCUAUACUGCAUCCGCCUGUCGAUGAUCCCCAAAGUGGUGAGCUGCCCUGCGAACGCUGGAAUCCGACCCAGAACGUGCGCACCAUUCUCCUCUCAGUCAUUUCGCUGCUCAAUGAGCCCAAUACAUACUCGCCGGCCAAUGUAGAUGCCUCGGUGAUGUAUCGUCGAUGGCGGGACUCCCAGGGCAAAGACAACGAAUAUCCAAACAUCAUACGCAAGCAGGCGUUGGCCGCCAAUGCGGAAGCCAAGCGAGAGGGUAUUGUGGUGCCUAUGACCCUGGAGGACUAUUGCCUUAAGCCCACUGUUAAGCCUAGCACAGAAUCUGGCCUGGAUGCGAAUUUCUAUGAUGAUGAUUUUGACUUGGAGACGGAAGAUUUGCCAACAGACUCGGAUGAGGAUGAGGACGAUGAGGAUGAGGAGGAUGAAGAUGAUGGGGAGGACGGCGGAAAUGGGGAUAGUGCAGCAAUUAGCAAAAAUAAUGGCAAUACAAAGUGCACGAACAACAAUGGUCUCUCCGCGAAAUCAGUUACGGCAUCUGCAACAGAUGAUGCCGAGUCCGCUGACGACAGCGGUAAGGGCGAGACAACAUAAUGCAGAUACACCCGCUCCGCUCCGCUCAACUCCAUCUCCAACUCAACUCUGCUCCUGCCCUAGGCGUCUACGUAGCAUUUAAAUGAAAUACUAAGUGUG